GUAUCUUUCCACCUUUCAGUGCAUCUCUAAUCUUUUUUUAUUUAGCUCUCCACUUCCUAGUGAAUGUUUGUCCAGAGGAAGGAAAUGCUUUGUUGUUUUAGGGCAAUGCCCAGCAGAUGUCUGGAUUGGGGCCGGGCCAAAUUACGACUGCCGCCUGUUUUUAGCCAAUCAGGGGCCAAAUGUGAACUUUAAGUAGUGCUGCUGUUUUGUAGUUUGAAGCAGUAAAGUUUAAGACCUUACAGAACAUCUUUGGACCAGUAAUUAGGCAACAUGAAGGUCGCUUCUUUCAACAUUCAGAGAUUUGGGAAAACCAAACUCUCGGAUCCAUUCGUGCUGAAAACCCUGGUUAAGAUAGUGUCACGCUACGACAUCAUUGUUAUUCUUGAGGUGGUGGAUUCCAGUGGAGAUGCUGUGGAUAAUUUUCUUGACGAGCUCAAUGGGUUUAACAAGACACAUCAUUACACCAAAGAGAUUAGCACACGCCUGGGACGAGGACAUUACAAGGAACAGUUUAUGUUCAUUUACAGGGACAACCUGGUGGAUUUGGUUGGGUCUUAUCAAUAUCAAGACAAUCAGCCUGGAGACGAUGAUGCGUUCGCAAGGGAACCCUACAUUCUGAGAUUCAAAUGUCACGAAACAGUAAUGGAAGAUUUGGUGCUGAUGCCCGUCCACACAAAACCUGAGGAUUCAGUGAAGGAACUGGAUGAACUGUACGAUGUGUUUGAAGAUGUUAAGAAGAAAUGGAAGACUGAUAACAUCAUGAUUUUGGGGGACUUCAAUGCAGAUGGCUGUUACGUGUCUAACAAGGCAAUGCAGAAAAUCAGAAUCCGAAGUGAUAAAAACUUUCACUGGCUGAUCGAUGAUGAUGAAGACACUACAGCCAGCACCAAAAACAACAAUACUUACGACCGGAUUGUGGUGUAUGGAGACGAUAUGGUGAAUGCUGUUGUUCCAAAUUCUGCAAAACCGUUCAACUUCCAGAUGGCUUACGAAAUAACAAAUGAGGAUGCGCUGAAAGUAAGUGAUCACUACCCAGUAGAGGUGGAACUCAAGAAACGGCAAAAACGCAAACGUAAACAAACACGUAAGUAGCAGCAAAUUGACUCGGAUUGAAAUCCCAAAAUGAAAGCUAAACAAGCAAUAACAUGACAUUUCUUCAUUCAGGUUAGACAAACAAGAUAUUGCGAGGUGGAACACUUGUGGGUGACCUCUCCAAAGACAAAAGGGACCGAUCCAAACAUACACAGUGGCUACAUAUAAGUAUUUGGGCAAUUUAAUAUGCAAACAAAUGCUGCAUUGACCAAUCAACCGCUUUCAUUUUAACUGGACAUGUUCUUCAAUAUUGUUUGUUAUAACAUGCAAAGACAUUGAUCCAAAUACUUUUUGGAGCCACUGUAGAUGGAAAGUUUGGAGAAGAUUCAACUGUUUAUUUACAUGAGACAGAAUUGUAACUUAAACGUUUGGGCAUUACAUACUGUAUAUUUUUGCAAAGAACUGUAAAUGUCACCAGAAUGUUUUAAUGAUAUUAAAAGAUCUGAAAUUGAAACCUACAACCAUUACAAAUUUUAUUUGUGAACAUUUUUUACAAUAGUAAUAUUAAGUAACAAAAAAAACAUUUGUUAUCGCCUCUAUAGACCAAAAUGAAGAUCAGACGGUGUUCCCAAGCAUUA